AAUGGAUUAUUUAAUUUUACAGUCAGGGCAUGGCAAAAUCUUUAUACACCUUGCAGCAGCAUCAAGAUCAUAGUCGGUACCUGGAUCUCUUGAAAGAGGACUUUGAGAAGAAGUUUGAACAGCGCUCCAGCCUAAUAAAGCAGCGGGAGGACUUCGACAUAGUGAAAGCAAUCGGCAACGGCGCUUACGGAGAGGUUUACCUCGUGAGAGAAAAAAGUUCCUUCACAUACCACGCCAUGAAAGUCGUCGAGAAAAAAGUCGUGGUAGAAAGAAAACACGUGAAACAUUUAAUAGUCGAAAAGAAAAUCCUUGAAAGUAUAAAAUUUCCCUACCUCAUCAAUUUGGACUGCUCGUUCAAGGACAAUCUCUAUCUGUACUUCAUAUUGCCCUUUAUAGCGGGGGGAGAGCUGUUCUUCUACUUGCAGAAAUAUGGUAACUUCUGUGACGAGUUGUCUAAAUUCUACGCCGCUCAAAUCGUGUUGGCCUUGGAAUAUUUACACCAUUGCCAUAUCAUUCACAGGGAUAUAAAGCCGGAGAACAUUCUGGUCACAGAGAGUGGGUUUCUGAAGCUGGUCGACUACGGUUUCUGUAAAGUGAUACAGAAGAAGACGUGGACCCUUUGUGGGACCCCUGAGUACCUGGCUCCCGAAGUGAUUCUGUCAAAAGGCUACUCGUACCCGGUGGAUUGGUGGGCUCUGGGGGUUUUAAUAUUCGAGAUGAACGCCGGAUUCCCUCCAUUUUUCGACGCGGACCCUAGUAAACUGUACGAUAAGAUAAUUAAUAAUCAGUAUAAAUGCCCUGAUGUGUUUGACGGGGACUGUAAGAAUUUGGUGAAAAGUUUGCUUCAGUUGGAGCCAACGAAACGGUUGGGGUCUCAGAAAUCGGGAGUGUUUGAUAUAAAGACCCACCGGUGGUUCCGGGAGACGGAGUGGAGCAAGCUGCUGCAUCAGGAGGUGCCGCCGCCCUUCAAGCCGGUCACCUCCUCGCCCGGGGACACCUGCAACUUCCCGGACAUGCCGGAACACAAACUAUUAACGUCAGACGAAUGUUUAUUCGAAAAAGAAUUUAUGGACUUUUAAAUUUUGAUACUA